CCGGCGGCGGCGCCGCCAUGAAGCUGGAGGUGUUCUCGCAGCACUAUGAGGACAAGCUGAGCGCCGGCAGCGACCAGGAAGGCAGCGGCUCGCUCUCCCCGGCUCCGGCGGAGAGCGAGCUGGGCUCGGACGGUGACUGCGCGGCCAACAGCCCGGGCGGCGGGGCCGGGGGGCCGGGGCAUCCCCCGCCGCCGCCCCCCACGCCGCAGCCCCCGCCGCCGCCGCCCGCCGAGAGCGCCAAGGGGAAGCCCUACACGCGGCGCCCGAAACCGCCCUACUCCUACAUCGCGCUCAUCGCCAUGGCCAUCCGCGACUCGGCCGGCGGCCGCCUGACCCUGGCCGAGAUCAAUGACUACCUGAUGAGCCGCUUCCCCUUCUUCCGCGGCGCCUACACCGGCUGGCGCAACUCGGUGCGCCACAACCUCUCCCUCAACGACUGCUUCGUCAAGGUGCUGCGCGACCCGGCGCGGCCCUGGGGCAAGGACAACUACUGGAUGCUGAACCCCAGCAGCGAGUACACCUUCGCCGACGGCGUCUUCCGCCGCCGCCGCAAGCGCCUCAGCCGCGCCGCCCCGCCGCCGCAGCCCGCCCGCCCCGCCGCCGGCGUCCCGCCGCAAGUGCCGCAGGAGGCGGCCGGAGCGGGCGCCGCGUCCCCCGGCGCUUCCCCGCGGUGCUGCUGCGCCUCCUCGCCCUGUCACUGCGCGCCGGGAGCCAAGGACGCGGCGGCGGGGGGCGGCGGGGCGCGGCCGGCGGGCGGCGGCGCUGCCAAGUUCUCCAGCUCCUUCGCCAUCGAGAGCCUCCUGCAGCGGCCGGCAGGACCCCGCGCAGCCCCGCAGCCGCCGCCGGCCCCGCACGGCCGCCUCCUGUGGCCGGCGCCGCCCGCGCCCCCGCACCUGCUGCCCGGCCCGUUCCCGCUGCUGCCCUACCCACCUGCCGCGCAGCCCCCGCCCGCCGCCGCCCUCUACGGCGGGGGCCUCCUGCAGCUCUGCGCCUACGGGCUGGGAGAGCCCUCGCCGCCGCCGCCGCCGCCGCUGCUGCUGGGGGGCGGGCGGCCCGCGCUGGCCCCGGGGGAGGCGGCGCCGCUGGCGGAGCGGCCGCGGGCGCCGCUGUUCCACGGCGGGAUGGCCAAGGGCGGGCGGGGGCCGCCGCCCGGCUCCCCGCUGUACGCGCCCCUCCGGCUGGCCGGGCCGCUGCCGCCGGCGGCGGGGGGCUCGGCCUCCUUCCAGCCGUACGCCGUGGAGACCCCGCUGGCUUAAUGGAGCCCCCCUCCUCCCCUGCGAGGGACCUGCCCGGGGAGGCGUGGAGGGGGAAAGGAGGAGGCUCUGGAUCCCGCACUUUAAACUCCAGAGGCGACCGCAGCCUCCAAGCAAAAGCCUCGGUGACUGUGCCUUAGUGAAAUGACAGUGGGUUUAA